AUGUCUUCUGACAAUCACGGAUUUGUUCAUGACGAGAUUGUGGUCCAACCGGCCACACCAACAUCUACUGAAGGACAACAGCAACCUCAAAAUCCAAAUCAAGGGAGAAAACGAUCGGUGGAUGUUGGGACGUCCACUGCUCAAAUUAUUAUUGAAAGCGAGCCACCAGUUUCCAAUCGUGACUGCUGGAGUUCAAUGUGUGACGUUUUUGGAACUCGUCAAUCUGCCUAUAUCACCCAAUUAAGACCAAUUAGUACUUAUCUUCUGAGAUGCCAAGAAGCUCUUAAAAUAUUUCAAUUCGAGCUAGAAAGAGAUAUCAAAACGAAGCAGUCAUCAAUGGCAACGUAUCAGCAUGUCAUGGAUUGUGUCAUUGAGAUAAAUCAUGUGUCUAUGCACCGCGACCUGAACAUCCCUCCCGAUGAGCACACGAUGCUCCGAUCGGUUGCCUAUGAAAUGGCUCUGUUGGCAAGGAUCAUUGAGGAAGUGGCGAAUCAGGCAAACGAUAAACCCAGAAGCCGUACCAACUCUUUCGCAAGGUUGACUAUUUCUGCACCGACAGUGCAUACCAGUACCGAAGGCGACGAGACCCGAGACAUCGGAUCGGGUGAAAGCGUGCCAGCUGUCGACGUGGGAUCUUUGAAAGACAACAUUUCGAAAGUUUUCGAUAUGGUGGAGAAUUUGAUGAAGUACAUUGACAAGAAAACCGAGAGAAGAUGGUGGCUUCGAGAUGUCAUAAAUUUCACCCAAGCCGCUGUCAAAGUGGCACUUUUCAUCAGUGCCGCUAUUUCAGUAGCUUAUCAUGAGAAUCAAAUUGCACCAAUUAUCACAUUAGUGAUCACUAUUAUACAGGGCAUCACCGAAGGCUUCGACCAGUAUUUUCUCAAGAACAAGAGUCCAGACGAUAUUCACAUCUCGGUACUCACCAAUACGAUGAAUAAUUUGAAAAGUUAA